UCAUUCCCCAAUAUGUCAGUGUCAGUAGUACUGUCAGUCAGCUGGCUGUUUAUAAAAUAUUAGUUUUAGACAAAAAUACGCGAAUAUCCUUAUAAACAAUUUAAAUUCUGCGGGCAUCUAAUUAUAUUAUUGUACAGUCAUGUUUUUGACUAAUGUUUUAUUCAAGAAAGCGAAAAGCAAACUUAUAAUGGUAUUGAUGGAGAGUGCGGUAUCGGGACACAAAUUUAUGGCUAUAAGAGAAAGGCUAGGGGACAAACUGGAGCUGUUAAGAUUUGAUCCUUAUAUACAACAGGAGAGUUUGUACAGAGAAAGGAAGAAAAUCAGAAGCAUAAAAUCAUAGACAGAUUCACCAAAUAUUAUUUUAUUGAUGUAAAUAGUAAAACAUAGAACAUUAAACAAUAGUGAAUAAACAAAUCUUUGGAUA